UGCAAACAUACAGAGACAGCAAUUUCUUUCAGUUAGCAGUCGAUCAAGUGGCCCAACGUGAAAGUACUGAUAUGAAGCUCACGUUGCUUGUCCGGGAGACAGGGGGAAAGAGGCAACAGUUAUCUGUGAAGUGGACAAGAUGUCUCAUCUGAACACAGACUUGGUCAAGUCGUUUGGCAACUGCAUCCCUGCAACACCAAAGCCAACAGUCCCCGCCGCAACAGGAGCCAACAAAAUGACCAAUGGAGCAGUCACACCACCAAACACCAAUUCAACAUCCACUGACCUGACCAAUACCACUGCUACUGACCCUAUUAACUCAACUAUCAUCGCAAUGAACUCCACCUUUGGGUCAAACGGAACAGGUGGUGUAAAAAGACAAAGGCGGCCACUCACUCAGGUAGACAUGAGAAGAACAAGUUUAGUGGGGAGGAGCGUGAUGACAGCGAAAUGGAAGACGAGGAUGAAACAAGCAGUGAGGAGGAUGAUGAAUCCAAAGGCCUUUACGGACUCUUCCAGCUGCCUGACAGGAAGUUCUGUGAUUCGGGAUUAUGCCCAUCCAAAAAUAUGUGCCAUGCCUCCUGUAAAGCCUUUACUGACGAUGACAUAACUAAUGAUAUUGCUUGUGUUAUCCAGACUGGUUACUGGAGGGAUAUCAUGGACAGAGCCUCAGAUUCAGGUCGUCACACAGGGAAUUUCUUCAAAGGAUGCGACUAAACGGCUGUGAGAUCACGGUUUCUACUUGCAGGAUCACGUCAGUUUCUUCACCAGAUCCAUCUCCACUGAGCUGUGAUUGAGGAACAGCAUGCUCCAUUUUCUACAGUGCAGCAGUGUUUUGUUUGUUUGGUGCACUGAUCUUUCAAUAACAGCUUGUAUCUGCAUGUUUUAAUGGUAAUGUCAAGUGAUGUAAUCAGCCCUCAGAAUCCUAUGAAAAAAAUGUUUGUUUUUUCAAAAGCGUAAAACUCAGCACUUUACAUCUGGUAUUUGUCUUUCAAUAAAUAUUGCUUUGC